AUGCAGCAAAGGGGCCUCAGGCCAGAUAAGAACCCCGCCCGCCGGGUGCGCCGAGGAGCGAACUUCCACUCACGCUCCACACACCAACUGAGCUAUCCGGGCGCCCGCCGCCAGCUGUCUGACGCGUCACGACUUAGUGUCAUGGGAAAUUCACCGUUUCCCCCAUCCCCUCCUGUUAUUAUUAUUCUUUUGAGUAUUCUUCAUUGUCAAGCCGCCAAAGUGGAGAGUGCGAUUGCAGAAGGGGGUGCUUCUCGUUUCAGUGCUUCUUCGGGGGGAGGAGGUGGUAGGGGCGCACCUCAGCACUAUCCCAAGACUGUCGGCAACAGCGAGUUCCUGGGGAAAACCCCAGGGCAAAGCGUUCAGAGAUGGGUUCCUUCACGAAGCACUAGACGAGAUGUCAACUCCAGUAAUGAAAAAGAGCGACACGAUGCAAUCUUCAGGAAAGUGAGGGGCAUACUCAACAAACUCACGCCUGAGAAGUUUGACAAGCUAUGCCUUGAGCUCCUGAAUGUGGGCGUAGAUUCAAAACUCGUCCUUAAAGGAAUCAUCUUGCUGAUUGUAGACAAAGCCCUAGAAGAGCCCAAGUAUAGCUCGCUCUAUGCUCAGCUAUGUCUGCGCUUGGCAGAGGACGCACCAAACUUUGAUGGCCCUUCAUCUGAGAUCCAAACAUCCCAAAAGCAGAGCACAACCUUCAGAAGACUACUGAUUUCCAAACUUCAAGAUGAAUUUGAAAACCGCACCAGAAAUGUUGAAAUCUAUGACAAACAUGACAACCCUCUCACUUCUGAGGAGGAGGAGCAGCGUUCCAUUGCCAAGAGCAAGAUGCUUGGCAACAUUAAAUUCAUCGGGGAACUUGGUAAACUCGACCUUAUCCACGAAUCUAUCCUUCAUAAGUGCAUCAAAACACUUCUGGAAAAGAAGAAGAGAGUCCAGCUCAAGGAUAUGGGGGAGGAUCUGGAGUGCCUCUGUCAGAUAAUGAGAACCGUGGGGCCGAGACUUGACCAUGAAAAAGCAAAGUCUUUAAUGGAUCAGUAUUUUGGCCGUAUGCGAUCCUUAAUGAACAACAAGGAGUUGCCUGCUAGGAUCCGCUUCCUGCUGCAAGACACAGUGGAACUGCGCUUAAACAACUGGGUCCCCCGCAAGGCCUUCAUUGACAACGGACCGAAGACGAUUCACCAGAUCCGUCAGGAGGCAGUGAAAGAUUUGGGUGUUUUCAUCCCAGCACCCAUGUCUCAGGGGAUGAGGAUGGACUUCUUCCUGGAAAGCCCCUUCAUGCCCAACAGAAUGAAACUGGACAGGGAGACUCUCGGGGGAUUGGCCGAUAUGUUUGGGCAGAUGCCAGGCAGUGGGAUUGGAACUGGCCCGGGGGUCAUUCAGGAUAGGUACUCGCCCACUAUGGGGCGCCAUCGCACCAACCCGCUCUUCAACGGCCACAGUGGCCACAUCGUCCCUCAACCACAAUCACAGUUCGACGCAGGGCCAAAGUCUUUUGUUAAGUCCAACCAGGUUCAGAACCAGCAUUUCCUCAACCAGAACCAGAACCACAUGGCCCAGCAGCAGGUCCCGUCCAAGGACAUGCCUCCACGAUUCAGCAAGAAAGGACAGCUUAAUGCAGAUGAGAUCAGCCUCCGGCCUGCUCAGUCAUUCCUCCUCAACAAGAAUCAGGUACCCAAACUCCAGCCCCAGAUCCCAACCAUGAUGCCUCCCAGCGCCCAGCCCCCACGUACUCAAACCCCCCCUCUGGGACAGCCUCCACAGCUUGGCCUGAAGACCAACCCUCCGCCCAUCCAAGAGAAACCUCAGAAGAUCAACAAGAAACCACCUCCUGCCAGGGAGGAACUGCUUAAAAUGACGGAGGCGAUGGUGACAGAGUACUUGAACAGUAAGAACUUGGCCGAAGCUGUGAGCGGCGUGAGGGAAAUGAAGGCUCCUAAGCACUUCCUGCCGGAGAUGCUGAGUAAGAUCAUCGUGUGUUCCCUGGACCGUCCCGAUGAGGACAAGGAGCAUGCUAGCACUCUGGUCCACACGCUCCGCACAGAGGGCCUCAUCACUGGAGAGAAUUUCAUGCAGGCUUUCCUCAACGUCCUGGACCAGUGUCCCAAGAUCGAGCUGGACGUGCCCCUGGUGAAGUCCUACCUGGCCCAGUUUGCGGCUCGGGCCAUCAUCGCAGAGCUGGUGAGCGUGGCGGAGCUGGCUCACCCCCUGGAGAACGGCACACACUUCCCCCUCUUCCUGCUUUGCCUGCAACAGACGGCCAAGCUGAAGGACCGCGAGUGGCUCACCGAUCUCUUCCAGCAGAGCAAGGUCAACAUGCAGAAGAUGCUCCCAGAAAUCGAUCAGAACAAGGACCGCAUGCUGGAGAUCCUGGAGGGGAAGGGCCUGAGCUUCCUGUUCCCGCUGCUGAAGCUGGAGAAGGAGCUGCUGAAACAGAUAACGGCAGACCCCUCUCCACAGUCCAUCUACAAGUGGAUUAAAGACAACAUCUCACCCAAGCUUCACACUGACAAAGGCUUUGUCAACAUCCUCAUGACCAGUUUCCUCCAGUACAUCUCCCAGGAGCUGUGCAUGGGCGAGGCCGACGAGCAGCUGGCCGCCCCUUCCAAAGAGCAACUGGAGCAGGAGAAACAGCUGCUGCUGGCCUUCAAACCCGUCAUGCAGAAGUUCUUGCAUGACCACACGGAGCUGCAGGUCAGCGCUCUCUACGCCUUGCAGGUGCACUGCAACAGCAGCGCCUUCCCUAAAGGCAUGCUGUUGCGCUACUUUGUCAACUUCUACGACAUGGAGAUCAUUGAAGAAGAAGCCUUCCUUGCAUGGAAAGAAGACAUAAGCCAGGAAUUCCCUGGAAAAGGAAAAUCUUUAUUCCAGGUACACCUGUGGCUGUAA